CGAGCGGCGGAAGUGCCGCGGAGUUGGAGCGGGGCCGGCGCCGCGGCCGCUUCUGCUGGUUGAGCUGCUGCCGCCGCCGGGCGGACGGGCGGACGCGCGGAGCUGGGGGCGGCGCGGCGGGGCCGGCGGGGCGCGGCGGGGCUGACCGGCCCCGAUGAGGCGGAAGGAGAAGCGGCUCCUGCAGGCGGUGGCGCUGGUGCUGGCGGCCCUGGUCCUCCUGCCCAACGUGGGGCUUUGGGCGCUGUACCGCGAGCGGCAGCCCGACGGCACCCCUGGGGGAUCGGGGGCGGCGGUGGCGCCGGCGGCGGGACAGGGCUCACACAGUCGACAAAAGAAAACAUUUAUCUUGGGAGAUGGGCAGAAGCUGAAGGACUGGCAUGACAAGGAGGCCAUCUGGAGGGAUGCUCAGCGCGUAGGAAAUGGAGAACAAGGAAGACCUUACCCCAUGACCGAUGCUGAGAGAGUGGAUCAGGCAUACCGAGAAAAUGGAUUUAACAUCUACGUCAGUGAUAAAAUCUCCUUGAAUCGCUCUCUCCCAGAUAUCCGGCACCCAAACUGCAACAGCAAGCGCUACCUGGAGACACUUCCCAACACAAGUAUCAUCAUCCCCUUCCACAACGAGGGCUGGUCCUCCCUCCUCCGCACCGUCCACAGUGUGCUGAACCGCUCGCCCCCAGAGCUGGUCGCCGAGAUUGUGCUGGUCGACGACUUCAGUGAUCGAGAGCACCUGAAGAAGCCUCUUGAAGACUACAUGGCCCUUUUCCCCAGUGUGAGGAUUCUUCGAACCAAGAAACGGGAAGGGCUGAUAAGGACCCGAAUGCUGGGGGCCUCAGUGGCAACUGGGGAUGUCAUCACGUUCUUGGAUUCACACUGUGAAGCCAAUGUCAACUGGCUUCCCCCCUUGCUCGACCGCAUUGCUCGGAACCGCAAGACCAUUGUGUGCCCGAUGAUUGAUGUUAUUGACCAUGACGACUUUCGGUAUGAGACACAGGCAGGGGAUGCCAUGCGGGGAGCCUUUGACUGGGAGAUGUACUACAAGCGGAUCCCGAUCCCUCCAGAACUGCAGAAAGCUGACCCCAGCGACCCAUUUGAGUCUCCCGUGAUGGCCGGUGGACUGUUCGCCGUGGAUCGGAAGUGGUUCUGGGAGCUGGGCGGGUAUGACCCAGGCUUGGAGAUCUGGGGAGGGGAGCAGUAUGAAAUCUCCUUCAAGGUGUGGAUGUGUGGGGGCCGCAUGGAGGACAUCCCCUGCUCCAGGGUGGGCCAUAUCUACAGGAAGUAUGUGCCCUACAAGGUCCCGGCCGGAGUCAGCCUGGCCCGGAACCUUAAGCGGGUGGCCGAAGUGUGGAUGGACGAGUAUGCAGAGUACAUUUACCAGCGCCGGCCUGAAUACCGCCACCUCUCCGCUGGGGAUGUCGCCGUCCAGAAAAAGCUCCGCACCUCCCUUAACUGCAAGAGUUUCAAGUGGUUUAUGACGAAGAUAGCCUGGGACCUGCCCAAAUUCUACCCACCCGUGGAGCCCCCGGCUGCAGCUUGGGGAGAGAUCCGAAAUGUGGGCACAGGGCUGUGCGCAGACACAAAGCACGGGGCCUUGGGCUCCCCGCUAAGGCUAGAGGGCUGCAUCCGGGGCCGCGGGGAGGCUGCCUGGAACAACAUGCAGGUAUUCACCUUCACCUGGAGAGAGGACAUCCGGCCUGGAGACCCCCAGCACACCAAGAAGUUCUGCUUUGAUGCCAUUUCCCACACCAGCCCUGUCACGCUCUACGACUGCCACAGCAUGAAGGGCAACCAGCUGUGGAAAUACCGCAAAGACAAGACCCUGUACCACCCUGUCAGUGGCAGCUGCAUGGACUGCAGUGAAAGUGACCAUAGGAUCUUCAUGAACACCUGCAACCCAUCCUCUCUCACCCAGCAGUGGCUGUUUGAACACACCAACUCAACAGUCUUGGAAAAAUUCAAUAGGAACUGAGCCCUCAUGUCCCCUUGGCAGGCCCCCCAGGGUCUGGCACUCACUGCAGCCUUCCUCUUUCAAGAGAGGCAGGGCCCUGUGGGCACUAGGUGUAAAAGGUGCUGGCCAAAUGGUUCAGGGUGAAGAGGGCUCUUGAUUCAGGGGCUAGGGUCUGCCUGGUCCUUGAGCCCCUGAGUUGUGGGGGUAGGGUGAAGAGCAUAUCCCACAAGAGGCCCCACAGGGAGCAGAGCUUGCUUUAAUCCCUGCUGACAUCACGGAAAAGUAACAGAGCCUUUUCAACUUUGUCACUAUGUCCCCUUGAACAUUAUGUGGGAGAAUACCAAGGUAGCCUAGGCCACCCAAAAGUGAGUCCUGCAAGGUUGCCCAGCCCUCAGAUGGCUCUCCUACAUGAUGGUGCUUUAGAAAGAAAGGUAAAAUUUGCCUGUUUGGGGCAGCUUUUAGUAUCGAUGCCACUCAUCUGCAGCAGAAGAGAAAGAAGUCCUCUUGGGGCUUUUUAGUUUCUGCCGUCCUGGGGGGAACAUUGCAGUUACUGCCCAGCUUCUGUUCUCUGUCACAACCCCAGGUGAUUUGGUCUGGUCAAAGGCCAUACUUGGGGCCCUAAGAGUGUUCAGUACUGAAUGCUGAUCAGCUGCCAGGUGAGGAGUCAGAAGAGGGACCCCCCAGACAUUUCUUUGCAGCUAUGGACAUGCGGAAUAUCUCCCCCUGCUCUCUGGGUGUUUGAAAUGUCAAUUUUAGCACUCUCCAGGCACAAGGACAGCCCAGCCACCAGCUUUACAGGGCAGUGUUUCAGAUGGCCCUGAGCCCACGGAAAAGGCCAAGUAGACCUCCAAACUAGAAAUGCUGGCUGAUUUGCCCUGAUCCAUGCUUCCAUUUCCCUGUCUCUCUUCCCCAGGCAAUUACUGGCCUCAAAAGAGGAACAGAGGUGCUGCGAGAUGCUCACCUCACAGAGUCUGGAGGCCUCCAGGAUCAACUGUGGGCAAAGUGCCUGCCUCUGACCUCAUCAUGGUUCUAGUUCUCAUAUAGAACUCCAGAAUUUUUAAAGAACUCUGUAAUUGGAUUGCAAACUAGGAUGCUACAUAGGAUUCUGGUAUUCUACAUCCAAUAUGGAUUUCUAGAAUGCUGUGAUUAAAGGAGCCAGCCAGGUGUAAUACAGUCAAGGCAGCCCCCAGCCUAGAGACAAUCUGUGAAAUCCAAAGUAGGUGGUGUUGGGGAAGCAGGGGGACAUGUGUCCCUCAGCUCAGCAGAGGCUGUGGUACAACAUGGUCCUCGGUGAAGACCUGCACCCCUGGAACCUCCCACCAUCAUCACAACUGUAGUCUCACUUGCAGUGGAGAAAAGAACCCAAUGUCCCACAGCCAGAUAUACACCCAACUCCAUGCCAGCCCUUCAUGUUGACCUUUUGCUUUGUUAAUUACAUGUCAGACUCCUAGAGGGCCUCCAGACUAAUAGGAAGCAUUUCUGUAACCAACCUGCCACCCACUGAUUCAGAAGUGGAAAUCACAUUCCACAAUCUAUGGCUUCCACCAGCUAGCCCAGGAAAUACUUGAAAUCAGCAUUCCAAUUAGUGUUGAGUCUCUUGAUUGUGUCAUUUACCAAUUACAUAACUGAGACCUAAGUCUGGGAACAGAGCCAUGAAUCUGCCUUUGAGAUGCUGGCGGAUCUCAAGGCCAUCAAUUAUUGGAGGAGGGAGGGACAAACACUCCCAAUCAUCCACCAGUCAGACUGAAUGUGUAGCUGGCGAGGAAUUACUUCCACUUCUGGCCCAGCACAAGCCCUGCUUUGGCCACCUAUCUGCAAGAGAGGCAGCCCCUGUGCUUGCAACGCUUACAUGUUGAUCCCAGUGUCCUUUUCCAAAUGAGUGCUGUAGCUUUAGAAGUGGCCCUCUAUAGAAAGAAGUCAAAAGAUGAGGCCCCUUCUAGAAUCUACGAUAACAAGACUGUUGGCAGUUUGAGGAGUCGAAUUGAGAUUCAUCAUCAAAGAGCAAUGCAGCAUCAUUAAAAUAAAAACUGUGCCUUUUAAAAAGAAAAAUGCAAAUAUAGAGCAAAUCCCUAAACUUGAACCAUUUCCUAGUGCCUUGCUAGACAAACAUAAAGGGGCAGGGUUGUGGGGAGGGGAACAUUUUUGGUGGCGUGUGCAGUUCCUACUGGAUGAGUGUGUGUUUCUUAAUGUCUCAUUUCAAGCAGGAGAUGUUGGGCCUGGAGCAAGAUCUGAGACUGAGAUGUCCCCCAAGGGUGAGAGGCCAGAUUUAUUCCAGUCAGUGCAAGUCACACUCCAAACUAAAGGCUGGGCAGUGCGUUUAGUCUGUGGCCUAGAAGGCCUCAUCAGCCCCCGAGAGGAGGCUUUGCAUUACCUCACUGGGACCUGUUUGGGGGCCAUCACUGCGGUCCACCCUCUGAACCCCCAGCAUGUUUGUCCUGUUUCUCACCAUUGGGUUAAGGGGUGCCGAGCACUAGCUAGACUUCCACAUAGUCCUGCCCCAAGUGGGCGGCAGUGUUCCUGGCAUGACCAGGAUUCCUGUGAAAGCAGGAGCAGCAGCAAGCCAUCCCGGGCCUGCCUUUCCCAUCCUUUGGUUCUCCUUUCCAGUCUGGGUUCACACCCUGAAAAGGGAUGGGUGUCUCCUCUGAGCACUCCAACAUUUGUCAUUGCUGAGCCCACAUCAGUAGGUCCUGGGACCUGACAAAGUAUGUGGGAGGGGAAGGAAGGACAGAAUUUGACUGGCUCCAUUUCAUGGACCAACUGAUCAGUUGCCAGUACUCAGCCACUCAUUGUUAAUGGCUUCCUUUUUGAAAACCGCCUGUCUCAAGGAUUCAGGUUUCUGCUCACAUCCCCAGCUGAUACUCAAUAAAACUCAGCCGGGAGCAUAUAGAGAUGCUGACAGCCAGGUAAUGGGUGAGACUGUGGGGUGCCUUUUCCUCUAAAGCCUUUACUCUGAGGAUAAGGUCACAAAGUAGGGUGUGACUUCAGAGUAUCGUGACCAUGUGGCCCACCAGCAGCCUUUCCAAAGGGGAACUCCAGAAACAUUUCAUAAUGCAAACAGCACUGUUGCUUUAAGAACAAGGCCUUUGGAGGUGGCUAAACUUGCAGGCACGUGUGUGAAAAGCCAUCCCAUCUUCUGCCUCCAGUUGGAGCUUUCAGCUUUUAAAACAGUCAGAAACUAUUGAUUCUUCCCUUUAGGAAAAAAUCGCUCAGGCAGAACGGGGCACAUCCACAGGAGGAAUCUGACGAGAGGAUGUGACAUUCAGUCCAGGAGAGAAAGAGCAGUUUCUGUUAAAGAUGUAGCAAAUGGAUUUCCAAAGUCUACAUCACAUUCACUUUUCAAACGUCCCACCAGUUGAAUUUCUUUUUUCCUUAAGAAAUAGGUGAUGUCUUGGAAAACAGCUCCUUAUGUCUCUCUGUGCAUCUCCAUUUUCCUAGUCUCUGGAGUCUCAAAAAGAGUGGCAAAGCACUUUACAGUAGUAACUGAGGAAUCAGAUUCUCUGCUUCAGCGAUAUCUAGUUUGUACAGUUGGGUGAUCUUUUAUAAUUCCUAGGAGGUAAUGCAUUUUUAAUGUUUUCUGAAGCUUUGUAAGUGUGAGAGAGGGACAAGAAGUGCAGUUCUGUUCUGGAAUUCCUUAUUGCUUUCAACGGACACUCUUUGUGAAAAAUCCAAGUAAUAUUUUAGUUCAAACUUGAUCUUGAGCCAAGGCCCACUGCCACCACUGGGAUGGGAGUCGGACCUACAUACCAAGUGACAAGUUCAUCUUAACAUCUGCUUCCAGAAUGGCUUUGAUUCAGCCGUGCCAGGCAACAGAACAGGGUCAGACUCCUGCUCUAUUAUUGGCUUGAAGACUAGGAUCCCAAAGGGGUUGGAGGCAGGGAAUAUUUGAAAAUUCAGACUAGAAUUCCAGGCCGAAAGCUCAAGACCACUAGCCUCUCCUCCUGCCUGGAAAAAUGAGCCUUUGUGAAAGACUGAUUUACCAUGUACAAUUGUGAUUGUGAACGUUGUUGAGUAAACCUCCAGACUUUCUCUAAA